AUGAGAACAAAAAUACCAAUAGAUGAAAUAAAUCUAGAUGAUAUAGAAAUUGAUCCAGUUAUACGAGAAGAUUCAAUUGCUUCAUCAGCUUUAAAUUUAAUAAAUAGUAUUGAAGAAGUUGAAAAUGAUCAAAAAACAGACAACCAAAGUGAAAAUCACGUUAGAGAAGCAACAAAACCACAUCCAAGUAAAACCAAAACCAAAAAUGGAGUUAAAUUAGUUCAAUAUGAUCCAAAUUCAAAACCUGCAAGAUUAGGUAGACCAAGAAGUCAUAUAACAAACCCUAUAACUGAACCAUUAUCAGAUUCAUCAUCACAAAAUGAAGAAGGUUCAAUAAUAUCAAAAUUUAGAUUUGAUAAUCAACCGUUAGAAGGACCAGGUUCAAGAGGUGGUCAAAAAUUAAGAAAAUCACCUCGUGGGAAAAUUACACUGGAAGUUAUUAAAAAGAAACAAAAAACUCAGUCAACCUUAAAUUUUGGUGUACUUAAGUCUCCGUCCAAAUCAACUACUAAAGAGCAGUCCAAUUCAGAGGAAAAUGAUAAAACCACUUCUUCAAGUAAAACUAAUAAAACCCUUAGCAUUAUCACCGCAUCUGAUCUGAAAUAUAAACAAAGAUCAAGAUUAACAGAAGAUAACUUUUAUGCCCAUAGAAACGAAACUGUCAAAAAAACUUUCAAACCAUUACCUUCUCCAAUUAUACCAAUAAGUUUAUUUACAGAUUUGUUGUCGGUUAGUGAUCAAUCAAGAAUUAAAGAUACAAAUAAAUUGGCAUUAGGUUUCCCCGUACGAAAAAAUCCAUACGCAAGUGAUAUAACUUAUCUCAUAGAAUAUUUAACAAAAUUUAAAGAUAUCAUACUGAUUAAACCAUUGGGACCACAAGAUUUUGAAGAAGGAUUAAGUUUACCCACUAUCGAAGAUACUGUGGAAUCUGAAAGAUAUAAUAAAAAGGACUUCAAAGAUGAAGUUGAUAAUUAUGAUGUUAAUUAUAUAUCACCAGAUAUGCAAAAAUUAUAUAAAAUAUUGUUGACGUUAGUGUUGAAUAGAAAAAAAGAUGUGACAAUAGCAACAGCAGCCAUGCAAGAAUUAAAGCCCAAAACUAGGGAAUUGGGAUUACCACGAGAAUGGAAAAUUUAUGAUCCAACAAUUAAAUCAACUUAUGAAGCAGGUGAGCCAGUUGAUCGAAAUUGCCCAGAUAUAUUAAUUGAUGAAUGGCCCAAAGAUAAUGAUUAUAAAACCAAAUACAAUCCAUUUUAUGAUAAUCAUCAAUUCGCGGCUUUAGGUUUAUCGGGUUUGGAAAAUCCAGCUGAUAGAUUAAUAUUAUUAAGGACUUUAGCUCAAUGGUCAUUAACUGAAUCAGUUGCAAUAAAUGAAUAUAUACAUGCAAAUAUCCAAAAGCAAGAAUUACCGGGUGAUAAAGAUACAUUUUAUGUACCAAGAUCUGUAAUUUAUGGUUUUGAUAAUUGUAUAAAAAAUAAAGAUCAUGCUAAUCAUAGAUUAUCCAAAAUGAAAUCAACUGAAGAAGAUUUAAAAUAUGUUGAUCCAACUAGUGAUCCAAAUUUACAUACUAUGAAUUUAAGAUUGGUUAACCAUUUUGCCGGUGAUUUAGGUUUCCACAAUGGUAGAUUUUAUUUAUGUAGAAUGAGUGAUUCAAACAAUGGUGGAUUAUCAUCAGUUGAGAAAAUGAAUGAAACCUGGAAAAAUCCGAAUCCGAGUUCUAAAAAUUUACCUUCAAAUUUUAAACUAUAUUUACAAGAUGUUUUCACUGUGGUUAAAAAUUCAUUAAAAGCAGAUGGUGUUGAAUUUGAUAAUGAUGAAAAUGAAAUUGUACAUAAUGAAAGAAAUAAUUAUGAUUCCGAUGAUUGGUAUGAAGUUGCUUCUACCCCAGAGGAAUUAAAACUGUUUAUUGAUUUUUUACAAACUAAAAUUGAUGAAGCUAAAUCAAAAUCUUCAGAUUUACUUUCAAGUAUUAAAAAGUUGCAUGAAUUUUUGAAAAAAAUAUAUCCAUUGUUGGAAAAACAAGAUCAAUUGAUAAGAUCAGCCAAAAAUAGAAAAUUAACCGGAAAUGUUGUAGUAGAUGACGAAGUUGAAGAACCACAAACUGGAAGAAGAUUAACAAGAGCUCAAAAAGCAAAAUCGUACGCUGAGGUUUACGAUGAAGAUGAAUUUGAUGACGAGGAAGAAGAAGAAGAGGAUGAUGAAAUUGAUGAAGAUGAAGUAGAAAUUAUUGAAAACAAAGGUAAAAUCUAUGAAGCUAAUGAUAAUGAUGUUGAUGACGAAAAUUAUGAUGAUGGGGAUGUCGGUGUUGAUGACUUAAUUGAAAUUGAUGAGGAAGAAGAUGAAGAAGAAAUAGAAGAAGGUGAAGAUGAAGAAUACGAAGAUUAA